UGUCGUAAUUUGUUCUGUAAUUUUUAACACCGGUUCUCUGCUACUCACACGUAAUUAAAUCACACUCUAUAUUAAAUAUGUCAGAAAAACACUUGCAGACAGGUGAUGCCCUCCCCGGCUAUAAUGGAAAGUUAAGAGUGUUCGCCAUGCGUUUUUGCCCCUAUGCCGAGAGAACCGUCCUUGUACUUAACGCUAAGAAUAUUCCUUACGAUAUAGUGUUCAUCAACCUUGAUAAUAAACCUGAAUGGAUCUUCACCUACAGCCCUAAAGGCACAGUUCCAGCCCUUGAAUAUGAACAGGGUAAAGGAAUAUUUGACAGCACCAUUGUAAAUGUGUAUCUUGAUGAGAAGUACCCCGAGACUCCUUUACAGUCCACUGAUCCUCUCCGCAGGGCUCAAGACAAGAUGAUUGUCGAAUUGUUUGCUGGUGCCCAAUCAGCAUACUAUACUGCAGCAUUCAACUCACAAGCCCUGCAGCCAUCGAUGGUGGAGAACUAUCAUAAAGCUUUGGACCUCCUCCAAAAGGAACUUCAGAGCCGUGGAACCAAGUUCCUACAUGGUGAUGAACCUGGGCUAGUGGACUAUACUAUCUGGCCAUUCCUGGAACGUUUUGAAGCUCUCCCUCUGCUAGGAAAACCUGAAUUUGCCAUUGAGAGUCCCAAGUAUGACGCCUUGAUUGCCUACAUGUCAGCCAUGAAGAAUGUGCCGUCUGUGAAACAGUACUGCCUGUCUCCAGACACUCAUGCCAAGUUUACCGAGUCCCGUGUCAAGGGAGACCCCAACUACAACAUGUUAGACACCAGCGCCGUAUGCUGCAUGCGCCCAAGGAAGAAGAAGGAAUUUGAAAUCAUGAUUAGUAGCACAGUGGGUUUCGCCAUGCAUAUAUUAGCGUCGUCGUAUAGGAUUGUUGGACCAGUUGCUCAGUUGGUGGAAUACCUAGUGCCGUUCAGAAGCAUGGCUAAAGCAGUGGCUGGAACUUUAAAUUACAAUUCAAAACACUUGAGAACGGGUGACCCAUUGCCUCCAUUCAAUGGAAAACCACGUCUAUUCAAUACUCGUAUGUGCCCAUUCGCUCACCGCAUUGUCCUAGCACUCAAUGCUAAGAAAAUUGACUAUGAAAUCGUCAAUAUAGAUUUAAUGGACAAACCAGAAUGGUUUUCCAAAAAAAGUCCUUUCGGUAAAGUCCCUGUCUUUGAAGUUGAAGAAAAUGUGAUUGUGACAGAAAGCUUGAUUAUUGCCCAGUACUUAGACGAUGCUUACCCCCAGCACCAGCUACUGCCAAAGGACCCUGUAAUGAAAGCUCAAGACAAGGUCAUUGCUGAAGUAUCUAUAGCGAUCUUCUCUCUGUUCUUCAAAAUUGUGAAAUUCCCAGACUCCAUUACUGAAGACACAGUAAAGGGGUAUCACAAGGCUUUAGACUACAUUCAAGCUGAGUUGGAGAAGCGAGGUACAGUGUUCUUGGAUGGUAACACCCCUGGCUACGCAGACUACAUGAUCUGGCCCUGGUUUGAGCGCGUCCUACCUGGCGUAGCCAUGGACAGCAGACUUAAAAUAGACCCUGUUAAAUACAAGCUGUUGUUGGACUAUGUUAAAAGAAUGUAUGAGGACCCAAUUGUCAAGGAUUACUUGGUGCCUGAUGAUAUAAUAAUCAAAUAUGUAAAGGGUGUUCAAUCAGGAAAUCCCAACUAUGAUCUUCUUAUGAAUUAAAAUGUUUUGCUUUUUA